CCGUGAACGAUGGCGACGGGAGACGCUUUUUUCGUGUUUGCCUUUUAGCACGCACAUGCGCAUGAAAUUGUAAACAAAACGGCCGGAGAACGGUAGUUAUUUGUGUGUUUGAUUUUGAAAUGUUGUGUAUAGGAAGCUGCUGGGCGGAGGAAAGGUGGAAAUAGGCUUCUAAUUGUUAGGAAGGCAGAGGAAGGGGAGGAUGGCGUUCUCCUACCGGAAGGGGGAAAUUGUGAUGAGCAAAUCGUUUAAAAAGAAACCGUUGGUACCGGUCGGCUUCUUUGGAAAACUGCUCCCAAGAUCCUGAAGAUCCAAGUAACCGGUUGGAAACGUUGGAUGUAGUGAUGGGUAACAUUGGCAAAUAUUCGGAAUCGACUCUGAUCUAGAUUUUGUUCCCUACUCCGAAAGACCGGAAUCGUCCGGAGCAGUUGGAUUCAUACAGAGUUGGAGCCAACCGUAAUUGAAGUUGUCCGUAUUCGGAGUCAUUCGAAGUCGAAGUCAUCCGGAGUCGUCAGCGUCGAAGUCAACCAGAAGUCAUAAGGAAUCGGUCCGGGUAAAGAGCUGCACUCGGUCGGAGUCGGAGUCAUUCGAGGUCGAAGCCAUCAGAAGUCUAAAUUUUCCGGAUUCGGGAAUAUCCAAAGUCGGAAUUGUCCGGAGUCGAAUUCAUCCAAUGUUGGAGUCAUCCGGAGUCGGAGGCAUACGAAGUCGGAGUCGUUCGGAUUCGGAGUCAUCUGGAGGUGAAUUAAAAUGGAGUGAAAGUCAUCCGGAGUCGGUGUCGGUAAAAAUAAUCUAGAAUCGAAGUUUUCAGGAAUCAGAGUCGUUCCAAGUUGAAGUAGUCCAACGUCGUAGUUGUCAGAAGUCGGAGUCAUCCAAAUUCUGAUUCGUUCGGAGUCAUCCGUACCCGGAGUCAACCUAAAUGUGAGGAAUCCGGUUGCCCGGAGACAUCCGAAGCUGGUGUCAUCCGAAGAUGGAUUCGUUCUGAGUCGUCCAUAGUCGGAGUCAUCCGUAGUUGAAGUCAUCUGAAAUCAAAGUUGUCCGGUGUCUGAGUCAUCCGGAGUCGGAAUUACCCUAGAUGUUAUUGUAAAGACCAGAAAUGAACCUUAAUUUUAUCUUAAUAUUUAGCCAUUUUUUCCUUUUUUAGUUUUCCCCCAGCGUUUUUGCAAAGCAGUGCCUUAAUAAGCAUUCAUCGAGCAUUGAAAAAAAUUGUCGACUGGGUCCGCCUUUUCCGUCCUACUCUCUCAAUGUCAAACGAUUCGCUGUCAGUUGGCCGCUUGUCAUGCGGCAUUAGAAAAAGGAGAGAAAAACAAGCAGAACGAACGCUGUUUUGUGUUGCUAAUUUAUGUACCCGGUCUAUUGACGAAAGUGGCUUUUCCCUGAAGAAGCGCAUUUUCGCACCGCAUAAAAUAUGGCUGCCCAGCUUGAUGGUGUUUUCGAGGCGGAGCUGCAGAAGAAAAUUACCGAAUCGAAGGUGCUAGUCGUCGGAGCGGGCGGAAUUGGGUGUGAAAUAUUGAAAAAUCUCGUACUAACAGGAUUCACGGACAUUGAGAUCAUCGAUUUGGAUACGAUCGACGUUAGCAACCUGAAUCGUCAAUUUCUGUUCCACAAGGAGCACGUCGGCAAGUCGAAAGCGAACGUCGCCCGGGAGAGUGCUCUGGCGUUCAAUCCGAACGCCAAGAUCAAAGCAUACCAUGACAGUAUUACGACCAACAACUAUGGUGUGAAUUUCUUCCAACAGUUCUCCAUCGUCCUGAAUGCGCUGGAUAACCGCGCUGCGCGCAGUCACGUCAAUCGCCUGUGUCUGACGGCCGACGUGCCGUUGAUAGAAUCGGGCACGGCCGGAUACAACGGGCAGGUGGAGCUGAUCAAGCGUGGACUCACCUCGUGCUACGAGUGUGUCCCGCAGCCGGCUCAAAAGUCCUACCCGGGAUGUACGAUCCGCAACACUCCGUCGGAACCGAUUCACUGCAUCGUGUGGGCGAAGCAUCUGUUUAAUCAACUGUUUGGUGAAAGCAAUGAGGAUGAGGACGUGUCCCCGGAUACAGCCGAUCCGGAAGCGGGUGCCGAUGUGGGCAGCUCAGCGCUGGAGAAGGAAGCGAACGAGAAGGGCAACGUGGAUCGUGUCAAUACGCGCACCUGGGCCAAGCAGUGCGAAUACGAUCCGGAGAAGAUUUUCAACAAACUGUUCUUCGACGACAUCAACUAUCUGCUGAGCAUGUCCAACCUGUGGAAGAACCGCACGCCACCGAAGCCGGCCAAGUGGGACGCGGUGCAGGAAGGCGACGGGGAGGAUGGUAGCAUUGUCGAGGACAGUGUGACCCGCGAUCAGAAGGUGCUCAGCAUGGCCCAGACGGCGAAGGUGUUUGGCGAGAGCAUUAAGGCGCUGAAGGAAGCGGUCGGCAAGCUGCCGGAAGGCGACCAUCUCGUCUGGGACAAGGACGACAAGGACGGGAUGGACUUUGUGGCCGCCUGUGCCAAUAUUCGUGCACAAAUCUUUGGCAUUCCAAGAAAGAGUCGGUUCGAGAUUAAGUCAAUGGCAGGCAACAUCAUACCGGCAAUCGCGACGACGAACGCCAUUACGGCCGGCAUUGUCGUGAUGCGCGCCUUCCGCGUGCUGCAGCAGGAGUACGAAGCGUGCAAGACGGUGUACGUGCGGCUGCGGGUCAACGGUCGCAAUCAGUUCAUCGUACCGGAAACGCUGAUCAUUCCACCGAAGCCGAAAUGCUACGUGUGCGCCGCCAAGCCGGAGGUGGUGCUGAAGGUCGACACCAAGAAGCUGACCGUGCGCGAGUUCCGGGACGACAUACUGAUCAAGGCGUUGAACAUGGUCAGCCCGGACGUCCUGCUGGACGGCACCGGGACGAUCGUGAUCUCAUCCGAGGAGGAUGAAAAGGAUUGCAACAACGAUAAGACGCUGGAGGAGCUGAAGAUCGUCAACGGGUGCAUACUGAAGGCGGACGAUUUCCUGCAGAACUACGAGCUCAGCAUAACCGUGCUGCACAAGGAGGCGGGCCGGGAGGAGGCACCGUUCGAGAUCGUGGCCGAUCCGGACUCGCUGAAACCGAAAGAGGAAGAGGAGAAGAAGGAGGAAGUCAAACCGGCAGCGGCACCGGUGGACGAUGCACAGCCGUCCACCUCGAAGGGACUGAACGGAUCGUCGUCGAACGGGAAGCAAUCCACCACCGUGAACGAGGUGGAGGACGAUGACGAUGAUAUGUGCAUCAUCGAGGAUGAUGAGGACGAGAAGCCGUCCACGUCGAAGGCGGCCGCCGACGCCGUCACGACACCGGGCAAGAGCGUGGAGAAGCGGAAGCACGCACCGGAGGAUGAUGAACCGGCAAACAAAAAGGCCAAAGUAUCCUCCUCCCAUCCGAUGGAUGACGAUGAUGAUGAUUUGGUCAUACUGGAUUAGGAUGCAGGUCAGCAGCGGGCGGGCCGGGGGGUUUUAGAAAGUAAGAGCAAAACACACACACACACACACACACAGGUUCGUAUCGAUCCACAUCUCAUGAUUAUCGAUGUCAUCGUCAACUAAUUAUCCUUCUGGGAAAACACACAUUGUAUGAGCAGAAAAUCUCCUGAAAUAAAUUUUAUCUGUCGUACAAGGAAA